AUGGGAACCCUUCUUGGUCACGGUACACUGACCAAGGAGGAAGUGAUGGAGGUUCUUAUUACUGAGCUCGGGGCUGAUCCUGAGGACACGCUUGAGGAGGUGGAGAGGAGCCGCGGCGCACACGUGAGAUGCACUCAGCUAUUUGUGGACACCAACUCCCCGUACAUCGACGUCGCUUACUUGAGGUACUUAUUGGAUAUCGCAUGUAUUCAUGAGUACAACUUGGGAGGGACUACACUGGCGUACAACUACCAUAAACUGAGAUAUGGCUGCAAGUGGAAGGCAAGGACUAUGGCUGACAAUUGUUCCCUCGUAGUGGGUUGGAUAUUACAGCACUUCCCCAUGAUCAUUGGCUGGAGAGAGGUUCCCGGCUACACUGAGUUCAUGCCCCGUGCUAGUGCCUACAUCCUCCUCAUAGGGAACCAGGUGUCAGAUCCUUAUCGGUACUCUAUUGGCCGCAUGGUUGCAGAGGACAUCCGAUAUGACUGUUAUGCUCCUCACCGUGAGACGAUUAUGUGGGAUGACAUUGCCCUAUAUUCUGGAUGGUUGGCUGCCAGUUCGAUCAUCAUUGUUCGUUAUCUUCCAGAGCGUGUCAUGUGGCAGUUUGGCUACUGUCAAACGAUACCUCGCGACCCUUUUGUCUCCUCUCCUAUCUUGAUGAUCCGUCGGCAGAUAGAUAAGGGUCUUUGCAGAUUGGGAGCAUCAUAUGUUCCUGAUGAGGCUCAGGCGACCAAAUUAGAGAGAGACUUAAGUUGCGCCGAUGGGUACAUCACCUGGUACUUCACGGUGUCACAGAUCUACAUGAUCCCUAUUGCAGUGGGAUCACCGUCCAGGCCAGCCCAUUAG